AUGAAUUGGNGUGCUUUGUUUGAACGAGAAAUGGACAUUGCUUCAAGAUGCCGCCAUCCUUGUUUGCUGCAGUUCAUUGGAGCAACUAAUGACGAGGGAAGUCCUUUGUUUGUAACAGAGCUUAUGGAAUCAAGUUUACGAGCAUUGUUAGAGCAGAGACCUCUCGUUACAACAGAAGUCUCCACUAUUUCUUUAGAUGUGGCUCGAGCGUUAAACUACCUUCACCAAAAGAAACCUCCAAUUAUUCACCGUGACAUCAGCAGUGCUAAUGUGUUGCUAUGGCGAAAGGGUGACCAACGGCGAGGCAAAGUGUCAGAUUAUGGAACUGCAAACUUUGUGCAACAUACCAUGACAGUUGGUCCUGGAGCCAUGAUUUACAUGGCUCCUGAAGCACUCACUUCAAAUCAAACAGUCAAGGUCGAUGUGUACAGUUUCGGUGUUCUUCUCUGUGAAAUGUGCAUCCGGGAAUUACCAGAUCCUGAAAGACGUAAUCAGCAAAUCGCAAUGGUCACAAGCUGCCUGCUUCGUGCCCUUAUACGGAGAUGUGUGCAACGAGAACCUGCGGCGAGACCAAAUAUGGAAGAGAUUAUUGAAGAACUUGAAGAACCAGUUUAAUGACAUGUCAUUGCUGUACAUUGUUAUGCUCAAACUACAUGUACAUGUAAGUGUUUAUUCUAGUCCAGUGUGUUUUAAUGAAACAAGGUUUCUUUAGCAGCUUACACAAUGGUAAUGUUUGCACAUAACUGUGCAGUGGUGAAUUGAAUGAGUCAUUUCUGAGUGUUAAAUUGGGCCUUUUCAUCCUCUAGUUAUACGAAAAAGGUAGAUAAUUUUAGGCAGUUGUAAAGGUAAUGUGGCCUAUAAAAGUUCAGAAAGAGAAGUUUUUAAAGCAUUAAAGCAAGUUCUUAUCUCAUAACUUUCAAUUUUACACAAUAGCUUUAACAAGGUAGACACGUUUCGUGCAAACAGUAAGGAAUCUCUAAAUAUUCAGGAUUAUUAGGAUUGGUAAACAAUUUUCUGAAAUAUAUUUUUCCCAGACGUUGUCAGUCAGGGUAUAUACUGAACUGAUUUGUAAUGAGAUAAUAUCUAAUCAUAAUAGUUAGUGAAGAUGUCUUAUAUAUUGUUUUGAAGUAGUCGCCUGUACAUAGACUACAUAAGCAUUUUGCUUCCGGAGGGGACUCCCACAUAAAAAAGACAGGGGUGCUCGUCGUACCUUUUAGGGGUUUAAAAAGUGGUUUUGCUACCUCUCUGGGUAUUUAGCGUCAAAAGGUCCACAGUGGGAACUUUCUCGGUACCUUUCUAGGUAUUAAGCCGAAAAAAAAUAUGACAGGAGAUAUUUCACUAUCAACUGAUGUAUCGUUAUUAAAAAUAAUGAAAUUGUCAGUAAAUGUGUAGUUUUAGAAUUGCUACCUCUCAGGGAUUAAAAAAAUUCAAGCCACGCCCACAAAACAGGAUCUUGGUACCUCUU